UCAAUUUUCCGACUAGUUUUGACACGCGUGCAGCUCCUCGCGAAAAUUACUCAAUUGGCUGGAAACCCGCUGCCAAGACAGCUCAUUUCGUUCUGCAACACUAAACGACACGCAUACAAAGUAAUUUUUGUACGAAUUAGUUGAGUUUAGUGCGGAAAAGAAGCCGGAAACUAGCAAAAAUAUGGAUCCCGAGUCCUUUUUGGACAUCGCCAAUCAGGUGGUGAAACUAAAGAUGUUUCCGUAUUUCGACGUAGCGCAUUCGCUCUUGUGCGCCCUCAGUGUCAAGGAGGACUUGGGCAGCGGCGCGCAUCAAUUUUCGCGAAAACAUCCCCUAUCCACAUGGCUGUCGACGAUGUUGGUUGUCUUUGCGGGUGGCAUGGUAACAAACGGUCUCUUGGGCGAGCCAAUUUUGGCUCCGUUGAAAGAUACGCCGCAAGUUAUUGUCGCGACGCUUUGUUGGUACAUCGUUUUCUACACGCCGUUCGACAUCGGAUACAAAUUUGCCAAAUUUUUGCCCAUUAAGAUCAUCGCGAGUGUUAUGAAGGAGAUUUAUCGUGCAAAGAAAAUUCAUGAUGGGGUCGUGCAUGCCGGAAAAUUGUAUCCAACUGCUUACAUUAUCAUGAUCACGAUUGGAACCCUCAAAGGCAACGGCGCCGGCUUCACAAAGCUCUUCGAACGUCUCAUGCGCGGAUGUUGGACCCCCUCUGCGAUGGAAUUCCUUCAACCGACGUUCUACACGAAAGCUUCUCUUGUCGCUUCCAUCAUUUUCGUCUUGGACAAAAAAUCAGAUCUCAUCUCGGCACCACACUCGCUCGUCUAUUUCGGCAUCGUCAUCUUCUUGGUGUACUUUAAAUUGUCUUCCUUGUUGUUGGGCAUCCACGAUCCCUUCGUUCCCUUCGAAAAUCUGAUCUGCGCCUUGUUCUUCGGCGGCAUCUGGGACAGCUUAUCGAAGAUCAUCAAUCACAACCAAGCCAAGGAGGAAGCAAAAGAAGUCAAGAAAACCAACUAAAAACCCCCCGCUUCAUCAAGACAAACAACUCUGACAUAACUUUUUGGACCUUUUUCGUCAUUCGUUGAACUUGAAACUCGUUUUUUUUUUCUUAUCUCCGAUAACAACAAACUUGAUAAGAAGACCAACAAGAAAUGUACCUGCUCUGUGAUUUUUAAACUAACAUCAACGACGAGAUAAAAAAAAAACCGAGUUGAAAGUCAAAGAUGCGAAAAAUUUAAAAUUUUAACGAUUUCUUCCACAAAAAAGAAUGAAAACAAAGACAAAAAAAAAUAGGAAAAAAUAUUUUUAAGCCUUUUAAAAAAAAUGGAAAAUUUUACAAUAUUAGUCGAUAAUUGACAAAAAAAAAUAA